GUUUGUUUGUUUGUGUGGUGAGCAAGGUAGGUAGCUAAAGGUAUUUAAAUGCCAGUGUCACAGUGUCUGCUCAUCCUCUGCUCAGUCUGCUCACACAGGUACUAGAAGAAUGCUUUCCCUCCUGUUCUUCGUCGGGCUCUUUGCCAGCUGCCUGGUAAAACCCAACAUGGCAGACUACUCCUACUCUGGUUCCGUUGGUGGUGGUGGGCAUCCCUUUUCCUCAUCAGCAAAGGGAAGGAUCACAGGGAUCAGGGUCUGGGAAAUCCAAUCUCAAUACAUCACUGGUAUCCAGCUGCGCCAUAACUACAUUUGGUCUAAAGUGUUUGGACGAGUAUAUGGCGCAGUGCUUGAGAUGUCCCUUUUUGAUGGAGAGGGCAUUGUUCAGGUCUCUGGUAAAUACCACAGCAAUUACAUCUAUCAGCUGAUAUUCAUAACCUCCAGAGGACGAUCCCUGACAGCUGGCCAGCCUUAUCAGAAAUCAUUCAACUUCUACCCGACUCACCCGGAAUCAGAGCUACGAAUGCUGAGCGGCCGACAUAACGGCAAUGGGAUCACUGCACUGGGAGCUCACUGGGCAACUGGGAUCAAUAGCAAUAGCACUAGCGAAUAAUGAAUGAGUUCAAAGAUGAGUGGUGGUGUACUAAUUAUUGGUUUGAUGGAAUAAUCCAAACUUGUCACUGAUAAACCUGUAAAUUGGUGACCAACAUGAGUUGACAAAUGUGCACUAGGUAAUUUCACACCACUUUCGGAGCAAUACAUUUGAUAAUGGGAUAUGAAACAUUGUUUUAUGAGUAAAGAAACUAGGACUUAAUGGUGAAGGCUCUAUAUUAACUCAUUCUGUGACUCUGUGGUGCAUUUAUACUAAACAAGCACAUGUCAGUCUAUAUACUUUUUCUAUGUAUCACAUGAAGGGGAAUUUAUUAAAAGCACUUUGCUCAUCUGUAUUCCUGAAGGAAACAAACCAGAAAUUUGUCACUUUUAAUCAAAAUCCUAUAUAUUUGGAGAAGAUUCAAUUGUUAUGAUAGAGGGGAUUAUUGAAAAGACUGUAUGGUUUUCAUUCAAGCAUAUUGUUAAUGGUUGGAGAAAUGUACAAUUUGAAUCUUAUUAAAUUUGGGUGCAUGCAAA